AUGUUGCUGAAGCAGUGCAUCGUAAACUACCAGCUGAUGGUUAAUUGCCGCGACCCCCUCUGCGGCCAUGUGAGAAUUUUCGGCGUCGGCAGAGGCCGAGGCGUCGCGCACGUGGAAGGCGGGGGAAACAAGAGAAGCGUGAAAAGUAUAUGCAGUAUAAACAGCGUCAACGGGAUAAACAGUAUAAACAAUGUGAACAGCGUGAGCAGCGUGAGAAAAGUGAGAAGCACUUCAAAUGUGAGAAGCACUCCAAAGGUGAGAAGCACUCCAAAUGUGAGAAGCACGCCAAAGGUGAGAAGCACUCCAAAUGUGAGAAGCACGCCAAAGGUGAGAAACGCUCUAAACGCGCCACACUUGACCAAUCUGCCAAACCUGUCCAACCUGCCCAACCUGUCCAACCUGCCCAACCUGUCCAACCUGCCGAACGCGAGGGACUUCCUCUUCCUGCACAAAAUUCCAUACCGCGCGAGUACCCAUCACGUGCAUAAAAACCAGAGAAGCGACGCACCCAAGGGACCCCAAAUGAGCAGUCCAGAGUGGAUAACGCGCAUGACCAGGAAGUGCAGCAGGUGGAGGGUACGCCUGUUCUCAAGUGAGAGCCAAAAUGACGGAAAAACUACCUGGGGAGGUGAGAAAGAAACGGAUGCCGAAAAUCAACAAAGGAAGGAGGACCACAAAUCGAAGAUAAACAAAGCACAACAAACCUUUUUCAACAUGCGGAAAAGCUUGAGAGAAUCAUUUGAAAAGAAGCUAAAUACAAAUGGAGACGGAGGUGUGUCCAUAAGGGAUAUUUACAAAAUUUUGAAGAAGGAAAGGAAUUACUUAGCAGUGGCAUUCCUCUGCUUGCUAAUCUCAUCCCUGGGACAAAUGUUCUUCCCCAUGUGUAUAAGCAAAAUAAUUAAUAUGUACGGAGGGAAGGAGGAAUCCCUAAAGUAUGUGAUGAAUGAGGUAUAUAAAACGGUGUUUCUAAUUAUAGGUAUUUCUACCUUCAGUUUUUUUCGCAUAUAUUUUAUCGAAACAUCCAUCGAAAAAAUUACGAGACGGUUAAGAAAGGAUUUGUUUGAAAAUAUACUAAAUCAAAAAUUGUCUUUUUUUGAAAAACAGAAAACAGGAGAAUUAAUAAACAGGUUAUCUAACGACAUUGAAGUUUCUUCGAGGGUACUAAUCACUAUUUCCUUUGGAAUUCGAAAUUUGAUUGCAGCAAUUGUUGGAGGAAUCUGUGCUUUGCAUAUAUCACCAAGUAAAUUAUUUCAGUCCUUUCUACUCCCCGUCUCUGCUUCUCUUCUAAUCGGUACCACUUAUGGAAAAAUUGUAAAACAGAUCAGCAUUUUAAAGCAAGAAAAGUUAAGUAACUGUAUCGAUUUUGCGUCUGAAAAGAUACACAAUAUUGGGAAUGUCAGAUUGCUCAAUGGAGAAUGUUUCGAAAAAAAAGAAUUUACGAAUUAUUUAAAUGAAGUGUACAAAUCAGGCACGAAAUAUUCACUGGUCAAAGCUGGAAAUCACUUCCUCUUCGUUAGUAUCAUUUCCCUUUUUUUGCUCCAUUUGAUUUAUUAUGGGAAUUAUUUAAUUGCUAAUAAGUAUAUAAACACGGGAGAUUUAUUUUCCCUAAUUAUGUAUUCCCUAUUUUGUGGUAGUGGCAUACAGGGAGUUAUGCAAUCCAUUGGCGAUCUCCAGAAAUGUAUUGGCUCAUGCGCAAAGGUACUUCAAAUUAUUAACCUCCCCAAGAGUGAGUUCAACGAGCACUGGUCUAAGGACACAAUUCUUUUCCUCAAAAAUGAGGAUUACUCCAUCAAGUUUGACAACGUUUCUUUUUCGUACGGAGCGGAUGAGGAGAUCGUUCCGCACGGGAGCAGCGGAAGUACUGGCACCAUGGGAAGUACUGGCACUAUAGGAAGCACUGGCACUAGUGCCACCGACAGCACGAGCAACACCACCCGUGCGAACCGCACAGACCGCGGGGAAAAUCAACGCGUGCAGGACAACAAUUACGCCCUGAAAAACGUCUCCUUCUUCCUGCCGCACAACAAAUCAGUUGCCAUUGUAGGCAAAAGUGGCAGCGGAAAAACCACCAUCCUAAAUCUGCUCUCCAAAAAAAACACCCCCAACUCGGGAAAUAUCCUGAUAGGCAAUUUCCAAAUUGAAAAAAUCAGCUCCUCGGCAUUACGGUACAUCCAAGGAGGCAACAUGCUCUACCCCCUGAAGGCAUAUGAACAGAUGCUGAAGGAGCAACUGGUGCUCAUAGAGGAGGAACAAAUUUCCCAAAGGAGUACAAAAAAAAAAAAAACAUAA